AAUUUCCAGCAUCUGCAGAUUUCCUCGUGAUGGCUCUUUCAUAUAAUAACUUUAUAACUAGACUAGACGCUGUACAAAGUUUGAGAUGAGCCGUUUUCCAUAACGUGAUAACGUUCAGACAGGGACCGACGGCGGGCAGAAGCUGAGGGUCAGUUUUAUUCGGUUCCGUUACGGUUUGAAAGAAAUUAGAGAAUUGAGUUCCCAGACUCUCCAAUAUCAACUACACUUAAAUCAAAUGUGCCCGAUUUCAGUAACAGAGGGAAAUGCGAAGACCCAAUCUUAAAACAGAACGGCAAUUAUUUAACUGGAAAUUAAAUUUGAAGAAUAGAUUUAUUUUUGGCGGGCUUUUUUCCAGAUUGCAGUGCACUUUGGGGAGGAGACGGUUAUUUUUCCCGCUUCUACUUUUACGGACCGCAGAUUGGUGAUUAAGGCAGUUCUUCGAUUGGAGCAUUUCUCUUCACCAAUGAGAAUAAGCAGGAUCAGACCAAUCACAGACAUCAGUUUGCAUUCUCAAAGUAGGUAUAAAAUGGGCGAGUUGGGGCGGGGUGAACAUUCUUUCAUUCUCGUUGGAGUAGAAUUGUGACUGUGGAAAUGUCUGGACGUGGAAAAGGCGGCGCUGGCAAAGCUCGGUCCAAGGCCAAAUCUCGCUCGUCUCGGGCUGGACUGCAGUUCCCGGUCGGCCGGGUUCACAGACUCCUGAGAAAGGGCAACUAUGCCGAGCGGGUGGGUGCCGGAGCCCCGGUCUAUCUGGCUGCUGUGCUCGAGUAUCUGACGGCCGAAAUCCUCGAAUUGGCCGGCAACGCGGCCCGGGACAAUAAGAAGACCCGCAUCAUCCCCCGGCACCUGCAGCUGGCCGUCCGCAACGACGAGGAGCUGAACAAGCUGCUGGGAGGGGUGACUAUCGCUCAGGGCGGUGUGUUACCCAACAUCCAGGCCGUACUGUUGCCCAAGAAAACCGGCGCUGCCAGUAAGGGACGGGUGAAAAUAUCGUGACUCAAAAUGUCUGGACGUGGAAAAGGCGGCGCUGGCAAAGCUCGGUCCAAGGCCAAAUCUCGCUCGUCUCGGGCUGGACUACAGUUCCCGGUCGGCCGGGUUCACAGACUCCUGAGAAAGGGCAACUAUGCCGAGCGCGUGGGUGCCGGAGCCCCGGUCUAUCUGGCUGCUGUGCUCGAGUAUCUGACGGCCGAAAUCCUCGAAUUGGCCGGCAACGCGGCCCGGGACAAUAAGAAGACCCGCAUCAUCCCCCGGCACCUGCAGCUGGCCGUCCGCAACGACGAGGAGCUGAACAAGCUGCUGGGAGGGGUGACUAUCGCUCAGGGCGGUGUGUUACCCAAUAUCCAGGCCGUACUGUUGCCCAAGAAAACCGGCGCUGCCAGUAAGUGAAGCGACGUAAGCUGAAUCUAUUUACCCAAAGGCUCUUUUCAGAGCCACUCACAAUGUCUGUGGAAGGGCUGAGCGGCGGGUCCUUUCCGUCCGUUUGAUAUCCUGCAUCUGUCAGUGUCUCGACAUGUUUCUUCCGCGAAAGAAACCGAUAUAAAUCUGCACAGAAACCGGUUCGUUUCAGUCCCGGCUCGUUUUCCCCUCUCAGCCGACGGAAUGUAGCUCUCUCCCCUUGCAGAGAAUCAGCGGGUUCACUCGGCGUAGGGUGGUGAAAUGAACUUCCGGAGUCAGCCCCGGGAGAGAGAAUUUAAUCUCCGAUCACUGAACGACUCCGCUCUUCAUCACCUCGAACCGCGUUGUCUGGGUUCCACAUUGCGGGUUGACCCCGGACCGUUCCGGCGUGCAGAAGGCGGGAACAUCGCCUGUUCGUUGCUUCAUGAGCGAUUCCCAUCGCCUCACAGAAAAAUAACAUUUGCGUUUUACAUUUCAGAAUCAAGUUUAUUAUCACCGGCAUGUGACGUGAAAUUUGUUAACUUAGCAGCAGCAGUUCAA